CACAGCACGUGGAGCCUCCGAGCACGCAGUUACCAGUGUGCUGCACUGUGCUGCUGAGCACUGUGCCCAGCCUCUCCGGAUAGGAAUCGAUUAAUUUGAGUAGUCUUGACCACACAGUUAUUUUGUCUCUGUCACGCAGUUUUACUCUCAAAAAUACUUUUUAUUUUACUUUAUUUACAUUUGCAGGUGAGAGAGGCGUCGCCGUGUUUAGUGACUUCUUUUUGGAUCGUCCGCUACUUUUGACGAGUUUGUGCAAGUGAUGCACUCGUGUCUGGAUUAAAAGUCACGGUAAUGGCAGAUACAUGUGACAUGUCGGAAGAAAGUCAUGAAACUGCCGACUGUUCAGAUGAACCUUUUGGCUUUGGUUAUGAUCUUGAGCUGAAUCAGUUUGAUGGAUUGCCUUUCUCCUCACGCUACUACAAACUGUUGAAAGAAAGGAAGACUCUAGCAGUCUGGAAAGCCAGAAGAGAACUUUUGGAUACACUGGUGAACAAUAAACUAGUGAUUGUAUCUGGUUCAACAAAGACUGGUAAAAGCACUCAGAUCCCUCAGUGGUGUGCUGAGUUCUGCCUGUCAGCCCAGUACCGGCAUGGCAUGGUGGUGUGUACCCAGACCCAUCGGCAGCAGGCCGUGGACCUGGCUCUACGUGUAGCGGACGAGAUGGACGUCAACAUCGGGCACGAAGUGGGCUACACUAUCCCCCUGGAGACGUGCUGCUCCUCCGACACCGUGCUCAGGUUCUGCACUGACGACAUGCUCCUGAGGGAGUUGAUGUCCGACCCAUUCCUGGAGCGUUACGGCGCCAUUGUCAUCGACCAGGCCCACGAGAGGACGGUGAGCACUGACAUCCUGCUGGGCCUGCUCAAGGACAUCCUCCUCCACCGGCCGGAGCUCCGUAUGGUGGUCCUCACUGCCCCCUCCAUGACGGACAGGCUGCUCGGCCAUUACGGCAGCGUUCCCGUCAUCGCCCUGGAGAGCGCGAGCAAGGCCGAGGUGGUCUACAGUAACAGCAGCCAUAAGGACUACUUCUACUCAGCGAUCAGGCUGGUGCUGGAGAUCCACCGCACCAAGGAGGAGGGGGAUGUUGCCGUCUUCUUGGCCUCGGCUCAGGAAGUUGACUGUGCCUGCAGUAUCCUCCAGAAAGAGGGCACCAGGCUGGGGGCUGACCUUGGCCAGUUGGUGCCAGUUAACCUGAGCAUGGGGCUGGGCCAGGUACAGUGGCAAGGUGGGGUUCCCUUUAUCCUGGCCGGGGAGCAGAGCAAGACCAGACGGGUAUUUCUCUCAACACAUCGGGGUGAGGACACGUUCUGGGCUGUGGACUCGGUCAACUUUGUCAUUGACACGGGAGUGGAGAAACGAUUUGUAUACAAUCCUAGGAUACGGGCUAACUCUGAAGUUCUACAACCCAUCAGUGUGUGCCAGGCAGACAUCUGCAAACAGCUUACUCAAGCAGCAGGGAAGUGUUUCUGCCUGUACUCGGAGGAGAGCCCGCUUCCCGCCGAGACGUCCCCCCAGAUCCUGGAGACCAACAUCACCUCCACCGUCCUCUUCCUCAAGAGGAUGGAGAUAGCAGGCCUGGCACGCUGCCACUUCCUCACCAGACCAGAUCCAGAAGGUUUGAUGCAGGCCUUGGAGGAGCUGGACUACCUGGCGGCCUUAGACAACGAUGGGAACUUGUCCGAGAUCGGAAUCAUCAUCUCUGAGUUCCCGCUGGACGCCCAAAUGGCCAGGGCUUUGCUGGCCUCCUGCGAGUUUGACUGUGUUAGCGAGGUAGCCACUAUUGCAGCUAUGCUAUCUGCACCAAGCUGCUUUCUGGAGCCACCUGUCGGUAUGAGCCACAAGGCAGUGCAAUGCCACAGGAAGUUUCAGCACCCUGAGGGGGACCACUUUACCCUCAUAAACAUCUACAAUGCCUUCAAACAGAGCCAGAGAGAGCCAUGCAAACUCAAUGACUUUGGUGUUGGGAGGUGGUGCAAGGACUACUUCCUGAACCACGCUGCCCUGCAGACUGCUGAUGCCACCAGGUCCGAGCUGACAGACAUCCUGCGGAGGAUCGAAUUGCCCAUCUCAGAGCCCUGCUUCGGCACCAAAACCAACACACGCAACAUCAAGAGAGCUCUGCUGGCAGGUUUUUUCAUGCAGAUUGCUAGGGAUGUGGAUGGGUCUGGGAAUUACUUUAUGCUCACUCACAAGCAUAUGGCCCAAGUGCACCCCUUCUCCAGCUAUGGGGCCACAGCACAAAAGCUGGGCUUUCCAGAGUGGGUGCUGUUCCAUGAGUACACCCUGUCUGAGAAUAACUGCAUCAGAACCGUCUCAGAAAUUUUCCCUGAAGUAUUUAUUCAGAUGGCACCACAGUACUUUUUCUACAAUCUGCCCCCUAGUGAGAGCAAAGACAUGUUGCAGCCCAUGUUGGACAGUGCUGGAUCAAGAAAUAUUAAAAACAAGACACAGAAGGACCUAACAAUUACUGGCACUGAAGUACAUAAAGACUAUUCCGUCACUCAGUCAAAUGACAGAUGCGUCAUUCAGUGAGUUUCUUGUGACUGGUACAUACACAGUGACAAUUGGGGAAGAGAACAAAACAGAAGAACUGCCAAAGGAAUUUCCUGCUUGCAGAUUAUUCAUUACAGAUUUAGUUUUUUGUCAAGUUGUCAUUUAGCUGCAGCACUGCCACAUUAACACAGUAGAUUAUUGAAAUAUUUUGAGCUACCAUAGUCAUCAACAUGACAGAAAUACAAAAUGGCAUUUUGAAAUAUUAUUUGAAAUUGUAUUAUUUAUUAUUGAAAACCUUGUAUUGUAUACAACAUUCUGUGCAGAAAUUAUAUGUAAGGAACUGUUUGUACAAUACUUGAUGCAGAUUUUCCUGUAAAUACACUUCUGCAUUGUAGCAUGUUCUUGAGGGGAUUUCUUUAACAGGUCAGGAAAAUUCUAGGAACUACCAAAUGGUGCAUCUACCUUAAAGAGACCAUUACAUAGUGGUGUACAUAUGAUGUAUUCAAUGCAUCAGGUUAUUUUACACACACUAGCAGUUUGUAAAAUUAUUUUGAUGCAUAUAGUCCUCCUUUCCGUAUACCUUCCAAAAUGAUUCAGUUGUAGUAUGAGUGAGGGUGUCCAUCUUAUGUUUAAACAAGAGUUUAUUUCACAAAGUGAGGUACUCUUUGAGCUUUUCCAUGAUUGCAGGCAUCCUGUCGGCUGGAAUCAGCAUCACGGUACGAUAGGGCUUCAUGGGGACGUCGUUGAAGGACCACCUCCCAGUGAGGCAAGAGUCAGUCUCCUCCUGGACAGAGUAGUUGAACUUAAUGGUG